CGGCGGGCGCGGCGCGACCAUAGAGGCGGGCGGGACGGGAGCCCGGCGGGCCGCUCUAGCUGCGGGCGGCUAGCGAGGCGAGGUCUCGCGAGAGCGGGUCGCCAUGGCGACGGCGCGGCGCCGGGCCCGGGCGCCAUGGCGGAGCCGCGGGCGCUGGAGACCCGCCUCGUCGAGGACCAGCCGUACGACGAGAGCCUGGAGCUGCCGGAGGCCGAGGAGGAGGCGGCGCGGCCUCCCGCGGCCCGAUCGUCGCGGGCGCGGCCCGGCCGCAGCAGCGACGAGGGGGGCGGCGGCAAGGAGGAGGCGGCGCCGCGCCGCGCCUCGGCCCCCAGCGAGGACGAGGAGGACGAGGACGACGAUGACGAUGACGACGACGACAGCUCCGAGAGCGACUCGAGCGACGACGAGGAGGAGGAUCGCGGCGCCCCGCUGGCGGGUGCCUACAAUCCAGCAGACUAUGAUUAUCUGCCAGUAUCUACUGAAAUUAAAGAACUCUUUGAAUAUAUAAGGAGGUACACUCCCCAAGUAAUAGAAAUUGAGCACAAACUGCAGCCUUUCAUUCCAGACUUCAUUCCUGCUGUUGGAGACAUUGAUGCAUUCUUAAAGGUUCCACGUCCAGACGGCAAACCUGACAACCUCGGCCUGCUGGUCCUAGAUGAGCCAUCUACAAAGCAGUCAGACCCCACCGUGCUCUCUCUUUGGUUAACAGAGAAUUCCAAACAGCACAACAUCACACAGCAGAUAAAAGUGAAGAGUAUAGAGAAUGCAGAAAAGAACCCCAAAGCCAUUGACAGCUGGAUCGAAAGUAUCAAUGAGCUGCAUCGUUGCAAACCCCCUGCCACUGUCCAUUACACCAGACCGAUGCCUGACAUCGAAACUCUUAUGCAGGAAUGGUUACCAGAGUUUGAAGAGCUCUUGGGAAAGGGACAGGGGAGCAACCUAAUGCCUGAAUUCCCAGCCACGGCCCAGGUGAGCCUCCCAACUGCAGAGAUAAACUGCGACCUGGCUGAGUACAUCGACAUGAUAUGUGCCAUUCUGGACAUCCCUGUGUACAAGAGCCGGAUCCAGCCUCUGCACGUCCUCUUCUCUCUCUACUCGGAAUUCCAGAACUCGCAGCAUUUCAAAUCCCUGGCUGAAGGGAAGAAGGCUAGGAGCCCUCCAUCCAACCCACCUUCCCAAGCAGCAGAAGCAGAAGUAUUAAGCUUUACGUGAAGCUUCACCUUAAACCCUAAUCUCCUGGAUCAAUAUCUGCUGCUGGGGUUAGAGGUUUGACCAAACCAGCUUAUAAGGCAAAGCACAGUAUUCCAGAAGACUCCCAUAUUUUACGGACACUGCUAAGCUGCUAGGGAAUCACAGAGUAGGGUUUUACUCAUAGCAUUUGCUGCAGAUUGUUUGCUGCCUAAUCCCCACCUUUUGACUUGUUCCCAAGGAAUACAGCAUAAAACUAGCUCUUGCAAAUGAGAGACUCCACAUGACACACUACCAAGUACAGACUUGUGAAGUGCACUUUACGAGCCCUACAGCAGGUGGAAAUAAAUUCCAUGCUCAGACACCAAA